AGAGAUGGAGAAUGGAGUAGAGUCGACUUGGUCAGAGGAGACUAAUCGUUGUCCAGUCUGAAACUAAGGAUCCUAUGAAAAUUUGAACAUGGUGAACCUAUAGGCCGGUCAGUACUAGAUUAGAAUAAAAAAAGCAGACAUUACCAGAGGAAAGUUAAUGUGGAUUAAAUUACAUUUGCUGAUCUUUUUAUUUCUUUUUGGUUCCUUAUAAAACGGUCUAACGAUGCAUCGCGCUUUCUAUUUUCCGAUUGCCACGGAACGCAGUCGAUAUAAAGAGCGAUUGGAAGCGAGUUUGGCAGGGCUUUGUGAACUUGAGAUGCUAAAACAACGGCAUGAAUGCCUGGUUCGAAGUGCCCUGACCCUCGGAGACACCGUCUCUGGCCGAGCGGCUUGGGGUGUGCUUCGGCCACCGCACGCUUUCGCCGAUUCUCCAAAUCGAACGCAGUACAUCUCGGGUUUGGGAGGGCAACAGGGAUUAAUGGCAGACCUUCAGCAGCAGGUGGGAGAACUGAGGGUUGAUACAGAGAGCAGCUGUGUGAAACACCCUAAUGAUGCAGGAUACAGUGGACCAAACUCAGGUUUUCAUGAGCAGAGUGAGCGUCAGUCUCCUCUGGACUCAGGAGAGCUCUCUCCCAGGACCAUGUUUCCCAUGCAACUGCCCAGUACCAGUGAGAGACCCAAGACUGCUGGGGACGUGCUUGUGACCAGUCUUGAUGGGCUGCAGGACGGUGGGGGGCGCUGUCUGGUUCCCAGGUCUCUCUCAUCACCUCAGACACCCCUGACAGGUGCCACAGAGAAAGUAGUGGAGGGAGAGGUGUGGUUGUGGCCAGCAGGUUAUGAAGCUGGGGAGGAUGGCCCACCCGCAGUUGACGCCCACGGGCAGGUUCAGCGCGUAGAGACCUACAUCAUGGGCCUGAUCCAGCGCCGCUUGCUGACCUCAAGGCAGUGCAAGCCUCGCCCUAGCCUGGGACCCGAAGCUAGGGGCGUGGCGAGGCAGAGCAGCCUGUGCCGCAAGGCACCUCCUUUUGCCGCCGAACACAGCGGGGCGUCUCCCGGCACCGAGAGGCCAGUGUGGGCCUCGUACAGCCUGGAGGAGGAGAGGCUCGGAGGCAUGUCCCCUGAGGAACAGCUGGCCAUGCGCUAUCCCAGGCCCACGCUAGCCGGGGUGUACUCCACCUCACCGGACUUCCCGUGUGGCCCGCCACAGCACAGCAGCAGCGAGGCGGACUCGCCACAGCAGUACUCUCUGCUGCGAUCACCCUCCUCAGAUGAGCAGCUGGUCAAUGCCCAAUACAUUCCUGCGCAACCGUGCCGAGCACCAGCCAGAGCCAGGAUGAACCGCACUCCCGCUGCUCCGAAGGCUGGCCGCCCUGCCUACUCCCCAGAGCGGGUGGCAGCCAAGCCGCGCGCCACACCCAAGAAGUGCCGUUUCACCGAGGAGCGGGCAGCAGCCAAGAAACCUGGCCGCAAGGCCUGCCGCUCGCAGUCGGAGAACAGCCUGCUGAGCCAGAGGGGCGUGCCAGAGCGCAAAUACAGCACGGUAGAGAGGGACACAGGACGUGUCGGCCAGCCCAGGGGCCGACGUGCCCAGGGCAGCUUGGGCCACCGCCGCUGGCGUUCCACACUGGAGCUGAGCCAGGACGAGGCAGAGCCUCCACCUGAGCAGGCCAUCAGACGCUCCCGCAGGUCCCGCCCUGCCCCUUCUCCCUACGUCUACAACCAAGUUCCACAUCACCUCCACCAUCCGCAUCAGCUUCACCAACCUCACCUCCACUCCGAAUGCAUGCCGCACACCUCGCCGUGUCGGCAGGAUGGCGGCUACAAGCAUGUUGUCUCUGGGGACUGGGAGUCCAGCCUGAGCGAGGGCGAGUCCCCAGGCUCCAGCUCCAUGACCAGCGACUCCGAUGAGAGCGGCGGGCUGGUCUGGCCCCAGCAGCUUGCGCCCCAGCUGGCUCCGCCUGGAGCCCCACUGCAGUCCAAAGCCUUAGUCAAGAUCAAAGCCUCUCACGCUCUCAAGAAGAAGAUCUUGCGCUUUCGGACCGGAUCGCUUAAAGUCAUGACCACCGUCUGAACAGAAAGCUACCUAGGGAGAUCCUUCCAUAUUCAUGUUUUUUUUGAGGGACGCAGUAGAGGUUUUGAGUGUGCUGUGGUAGCAGCCUAACCGAAAGCAAAAGGAUUUGAGCUCCAGCUGUUGGCCUCAGAUCAUGGUGAAUCUGAGCCUAACCCCUGUACAUAUCUGUGUAUGUGGUAAAGGUGCUUGUAUAUAUGAUUGUACUCUGUAAAUAAAAACCUUGGACCAUGUCAUUAGGAUGUUUGUGGUUUAAGAGACAGACGAUGGUUUGUGUAUGAAUGUGUAAAAGCAGCACUUCUGCAUACAAGUCACAAACAAUUUCCAGCUAUAGAACAUAAUUACGGCUUCAUGUCAGUCACAGCAACCCACGCAACAGUUGCGUGAGACAGGAAUGACUUUCUGACGCGUCUCCGCACUGAGGACGAGACAAGGAUGGAGCAGGGAUCUAGAGAAAGGAGAGAAUCUGCCCUGCCCCAACAGAUACUAGGAAAGGGAUUCCGUCCAAACAUAAUACAUGCAGAACACACGAAGACCAACAGGCCAUUCCUCAGCAUGUCAUUAUGCUUGUACCGUCCAGAACAACAUUUCAUAGACUAGGCUUGCUCAUUAAACUGCAGCGGAAGAAAUCUUAUGAAUGCUGUUAAUGUAAUUUUUGUCUGCAAUAUUCUGUAACAUUGUUUUAAGCUGAACUUGA